UGCAUACAGUUUCUUGUAUUAAUUGAGUCCGAACUCAUUAUAUGAGCCCUGGUAGAAAUUUCUUAAGUUUUAUGGAUCUGGAUGCUUUGUAUGAUGCUGCCAUUUCUGGCGAUGCUGAUGCCAUAUCUAAAUUGGCGAUGGAAGCUGAUAGGCUGAACCAGAGAGGAGAAACAAUCCUUCAUAUUGAAUCCAUAAAUGGAAAUACAGAACGUGUGCGAUUCAUUUUAAGGCAUUUUGCAAGCAAAAAUCUUUUGAGCUUUCUGGGGUCGCAAAAAGAGACUGUACUCGCGUGGCCUGCAUAUUUUGGAUACACUGAAGUAGUUGAGGCCCUCAUCGAUGCAGCUAGACAAUUGCCUUCUUCUUUGUCUAAUAAUAUUACUCAAAAUCAUGUAUCUUCUUUUCAUGCUUUUCUUAGGCAUGCUGAUAAUGAUUCGGAGACUGCCUUAUGUGUAGCAGCUAGGAGAGGUCAUACGAUAAUUGCCAAGUUAUUAGUAGAGGCCGACCCAGCUGAUAAACAUAUUCCAAACAAAGAUGGUAAAACUCCAAUAUACAUGGCUGCGGAAAAUGGGUACCACGAUAUAGUGAAGCUGAUCUGUACAACUUGCACAUCUCCGUUAAAUUUUGACGGGCCUGGUGGUAGUACUGCUUUGCAUGCUGCUAUUAACAAUCUCCACAAAGCCAAGGAAGAAGAUAAAGAUGUGAUUAGAGUGAUGAUAAAUGCCGCCAAACGUGCCAAUGUUCCAAAGGACGAUGCCGCAGUACAUGAAAGUUUUGCAAAGUUAUUUAACAAAAUUGACAAGCACCGACGCACCAUCUUAGAACUGGCUGUGGAAGGAAAUUACGUGGACGUGGUUGCACUCAUAUUAGAAGAAAAUCCAGCCUAUCGACACCGAGCUGGCAGUUUUAUUGGUCUCAUGCCUUUAAUUUAUGAAGCUAGCGACAAGGAAAGUACUGGGAUUGCGUCAAAUUGCUCACUGAAUCUUACCAAGCUGGCGCUGCAAAUAGUACUAAUCACGUUCAUAGAUACGUGGAUAGUUUGAUUUCGGCUAUUAGGAGCGGCAUAAGAGAAUCUGUAUUAGGCAUGGUGCUGGUGGUAUAUUGCGAUCACCGUCAUAUAAACUUUGCUGAUGAUCUGGGGUGGACAUUACUUCACCAUGCUGCAUAUCACCAAUUUGACUCAGUACUUGCUGUCUUAGUAUCUGCACAAAAAAGGUUUGGAUGCCGAUUUGUGUACCAAGAGAGAGUAUCGACACCAUUUCAUGUGGCAGCAGAGAAAGGAUAUACUUCCACCUUAAUACUUCUUAUGGAGUUGUGGCCACCUUCGUCUUCAGCAAUUCCUGCUGUUAAUAGUAAGGGUGAAAAUAUACUGCACAUUGCAGCAUUGCGAAGUGACAAGGAGAUGAUUCGAAUGAUUUUAAACUAUUGUCCACCCAAGUAUAUCAAUGUGAUUGUGAAUAAGCAGGAUGAUAGUGGCAAUACACCUCUUCAUCUGCUCAUCGGGCGUGGCUGUUUCGUUCCUGAAUUCUUAAAAUACAAGGAACUUGAUGUAAUGGUCCGAAACAAAAACAAUUUGACUCCUUUGGACCAUUUUUAUAUUGAAGAAGAAAUCAUUGCUGAUCAGGCACAAAUAAAAAUUAUGUUGGACGAGAUUGUGACUGAUCAACACUGGAAGUUUUGGCGUAUAAGAAACAAGAGGAAAUCAUAUUCCCGGAAAAGUGGAUUGUUCCCAAGCAUACGAGAGGCAAAAGAUGUGAAAUUUGAGACUGUUAAGAAAUCCAUUAUGGACGAAAAGCAUCGCAGGAGGAAAAAGGAGCUGGAAAGGUAUAAAGAGAGGACCAACACGCAAAUCAUAGUUACCGCACUUAUAACCACGGUAACCUUUACCGUAGGAUUUACAAUGCCGGGCGGUCUCCGUCAAAGCGGAGAAAUUGACGAAGGACUAGUGGUUCUCCGCAAAAAGACCGUUUUUAAUGCAUUCAUGAUAUCGGAUGCAUUAGCUUUCCUACUGUCAACAUGUUCUUUGUUUCUCUAUUUUCUUCAAUCUAUGUACGAAGAUGCUCGCGAAGUUUCGAAACUUAAUGCUGCAUCAGUUGGGCUCAAUAUUGUUUCCAUUGUGGCAAUGAUGUUGACUUUCAUCACGGGAACGUAUGUGGUGUUGUCCCACUCACUAGCCCUUGCCAUUACUGUUUGCCUCAUCGGUUCCUUCUUUUUUCUGUUCGUCAUUGUUCUACUGAUCAAGAUGGUAUAUGACCGUCAAGUGAAAAGGAAUGAAGACUGAGUAUGAAGUUAAAUUAAGAAUAAAUAAUUGCUUCAGAAUAUUUUAUCUGUAUAUAAGGUUCCAAGGCCAGUCUUGUUCUCGCUACGUUCAUAUAAAAAACAAGAUGAGUGUAAAGUGGAUGUGUUUUUAAUAGUUUUGGUCA